AUUAAGAACAAAGAAGCAUAAAUAAGCCCCACAUAACAAAACCUACUUUUGCUUCUCCCAAAAGAUAAAGCCUUGUCAUUGUUUUUGUGUCUCAACUUUCUGCUCCUGUCAGAAUCAAUGGAACACGAGCAGCAUCAUUGUACACAGCAUGAACAUAAACAACAAGAACCAGAAGUAGUAGCAGAAGUUGAAGAAUUGGAAGAAGAAGAAGAAGAAGAAGAUGGUGGUUUGGAGAGACGGAAGUUCUUUCCAAAGAGCAAGGAUAUCUCAUCAUUUUCUUCUUAUUCUAAUGGUGGUGGCAAUGGUGUUGAGCACAGUAAAGGGGUCUUCUCUGUGGUCAACGGCACAGAUGGAUCUCAUAUUCAUAAAGAAGAGGAACAAGAAGAAGAUGGUGAGAAUGGAAAUCAUUUGAAGAAUGAUGAAGCAGAUUCUGAAGCUGUUGGGCUCGGGAUAGUUGCUGAAAUUGUAGGAGCUGCUGCUGCUGCAACAAAUGGUGAUUCUGGAUCCCACAAAAUUAACAGUGUUUACUUUGACAAACAACAAGGUAAUGAAGUUAAUGGAUCUAAAAACGGUGACCAUGCUGGACUAGUUCUUCCAAAAAAUCAUGUGGAAGAAGAUGCAGUCAUUCCCAAUGGUAUAUCCGACGAAGUCAACAAUGGAUACACAAAAACUGCGGAUGACAAAGUCCCUACCAGUUCAUCUGAAUCACAAGCUACAUAUGUCACAAAAUUUGAUGAUAAAGAAACUAAUGAAAAGGAAGAUCCUAAGAUCAAAGAAGAAAUUGACCAACUGAAAGAUUAUGAUGUUGAAGCUGUAUUGGAAAAACAAGAGACACAUGACUUGUUUUGUCCUAAUUGCCAUUCUUGCAUUACUAAAAGGGUUAUCCUCAAGAAAAGGAAAAGGACUGUUCCUAAUUUAGAAAACAAGGCAGAGUGUCAUAACUUGGUCGAUACAGUUAUCUCUAAGCCGGUCGAAAGUGUUGCACAAGAAGUCAACCAAGGAGAUCAACCAAAUGCAACAACUGAAAUUGUUAGUGAAGAGCAACCUGAUGAUGAUUAUAAUGGUGAAAGAGAACCAGAAGUGUUUAGAUGUUUAUCAUGCUUCAGUUUCUUCAUUCCUAGUGGAAGAUGCUUCAAUCUGUUCCGCAAUGUUGGUAGCGCCCGCGAGCAUGUUACUCCCCAAAAUUAUACGAGUAUACCUUCGUCCGAGUCGCAAAAUCUUUCGAGUAUACCUGCAUCCAAUUCACAAAAUUCUUCAAAUGUGUCAACAAGCUCCAAAUCAAAUUGGCUAUUCUCUCUAUUUACCCCAAAUAAAGGGAAAAUAACUAGUGAUGCUUCCAUUGAACAUUCUAGAACUACUCGCACCGAGCAGCAUCACUCAACGCCGGCUACCUCCAAUAUACAAACUUCCUCUGUAAAUGGUCUUCCAGAAGCUCCAGUUGCGGAUACAGCUUCGGCUGCGAAAACUGAACCGUGGACUGAAAAUAGCAUCAAGUCCAAUACUGUAUCAGGGAACAAGCGAUCGACUGAUAAAAAAUUGAUUGAUUCAUUGUUUCAGAAUGAUUUGUCAUCUGUAGAAUCUGCAGAUAGUACCUUGCCAGUGAGCUUUUCGGAACAUGAUAGUGUUUCGGUAGCAGCAGCUGCUACUGAAAUACAUCUUAAUGGUAGAGAACCAGCUAAAGAUUCCAUUCUCAAUUCUUAUGAUGGGAAGCCUAAAUUUCCGGAUCCUACAACAUUGUUGACUCCAUUGCUGGAUAAGUCACCAAGAGAAGUAGCUAGUUAUUCUUCUCCGAGGCAAGGAACACAAGCACUGGUUCAAUGGAUUGCCAGUGAUGUAGCUAGUUACAAUCAAGGUUCUGCAAUUGAUGCUAUAAUUCCAUCAAAACAAGAUCCUAUAUUAAAUGGGAAAGAAAAUAAUAAGGGUGGUGGUGAUGUGAUAGUAGUUGUUGACCAAGAAGCAGUUGAAUUCACAACAUCUUGGACAGAAGAUCAUGCUCCAGUUGAAGCUGCGAUUAUUGCUGACUCGCAUACCACAAGCCUUGGUGAACAAGAAAUGGCUGAAAUUGGUGAACCGAAAGAAUGGGAAAUACUCAAAAGUAUUGUGUAUGGUGGUUUAGUUGAAUCAAUAACUAGUCUUGGAAUUGUGACAUCUGCAGUUGGUUCUGGUACUGCCCCGUUGAAUAUCAUUGCACUGGGAUUGGCAAAUCUGGUUGGUGGACUUGUCAUCCUUGGUAACAAUCUUUGGGAAUUGAAAGAUGAUCACUCCGGAUCCGGAACAAACCAAAUGGAGAUAAACGAUCGAUAUCAAGAACUACUAGGACGUAGAUCAAACUUCUUGCUUCAUGUUGUAGUGGCUGUUCUAUCAUUCCUAAUCCUUGGUUCUAUCCCCAUCAUCGUCUAUGGUGUCCUGAUCAACAAGAACUACUAUACCGAAGUGAAGCUCGCGGCAGUUGUAACCGCUUCGCUUCUAUGCGUGAUUCUUCUUGCCAUUGGCAAAGUUUACACCAAACCACAACCAAAAGCCUACAUUAAAACUGCAUCACACUAUGUUACUAUGGCGCUUGUGGCCUCAGGGAUUUCUUACAUAGUAGGCAACCUAGUCCAGGAUCUACUGGAGAAACUCACUCACUCAGAUUCAGGUUUUGCAAUUGCCAUGUCAAAUGCAGAUACUAAAACAGCAUGGAUGUCUUACUGAAGCACUGGGAAGAAGUUGGAACAUUUUUGGAAGUUACUGGAGCAUUUUUCUCAUGGGGAUCUUCAAACAUAAAUGUUUGGUAACUAAAAAAAAUCAGUAAAAAACAAUCAUAACUUGUAAUAAUUAAUGAAUAUUAAAUAAGAUAAGUUUUGUCUGUUUUUUUUGUCUUUCUAGUAUUACGAGAUCUUUAAAACAUGUGUUCCCUAAAGGGAAAUAGUUAGGAAUAAAUUGCCUGUGUUAAGGGGUAACAUAUCAAAGUUCAAACAAUUUUGUUUUCAUGUCUUGGACUUAUAUUAAGAGAAUUCAAUAACAUCUUUGUUCCCCA